AUGCAACAACAACAGCAACAACAACAACAGUUUCAACAACUACAACAACAAUGGUUAGGUACAACGGCACAACCUCCACAUCAUAAUAAUAUGCAGGGAAAGACUUCUACAAUGCCACCAUCUCCUCGUGUACAACAAUUACAACAACAACAACAACAACAAUCUAAUCUACCACGACAUCUCCAGGGUUUGCCUAGAGCUGGAGCUAAUGUUACGCCAAUGCAGCCUAUGAACCUUAGUACUCCAGCAGAUCCUAGAAGAAUGAGUGUGGGUAGUGCAGCCACCAUGUCAUCAUUGCGUUCACCAGGAAAAUCACCUAUGCCAUUUCCUCCAAAGAUGAUAAUGAAGGCACCAAUAACAAAUCCAGCCAUGAAGGUGGGACCCACAGUGUCUCCAACAGGAAAUCAAGGUAAGAGUCCAUCUAAUACCUCAUCAAUGGAGAAUGCAGGGCGAGGUAGAAAUUCUAUCAUAUCUCCAACAGCAAUGCGAGCUGCAGUGGCGACUCCUUCUGCUGCUGGGACUACUUCCUCCAGACGAAACUCUGAUGUGGAUCCACGUAUUCCCCUUCAACAAGGCCCAAAAUCCACUGUUUCUCCUAGGAGUGUCUCGGAUGAUGCUGGUGGUCGAUAUCGUCCAACUAGAGGAGGUAUGGUGGGUACUAUGAGUAUUGAUAGCGGGGUUUCUUCCUCUCACCGUAAUGCCCAACAACCACAGCGGCCGUCUAUUUUAGUACAGCCGCAGCAUCAACAGUAUCAUAAUCAUCAUCAUCAUCAACAACAACAACAACAACAACAACAUCUGCAUCAUUUACAGCAUCAGCAACAUCAUCAGCAGCAACUGUAUUAUCAACAACUUCAACAGCAUCAGCAGUAUCAUCAACAGCAUCAACAACACCAACAACAUCUACAGAGUACUAUGGCUCACCCUACACCGUCACUCAGUCACUCAGGGGCUGAAGGGUCCCCAUCUAUUGCUAAAAAAGAAACUUUCUGGCAGAACGUAAAAACUGGUGCGUUAAAUAUGUUAGGCGCCAAAAGUGAGACCAAAAAGAGUGAAGUCAUGGCAAAUAUUUCCCCAACCCGCUAUGCAAGAGGAGGUGUCAAUAAUAAUAAUAAUAAUAAUAGUAGUAGGAGAACUAGUGGGUCACAUACGAUAAGCCCUAGGACACCACAGGUUUCACAUACAGGAAAUAAUAAUACAGCAGAUGAUUCAAACUUAGAAAUACCCAUGCAAAACACGUAUACGUAUGAGUCUGAAAGACCACGGCAACAACAACAACAACAACUUCCAUCUCCCAGCAAUCGUACUAAUCAGCAGUCUAUGCAGCAAUCACAACAGAUGCAACAUCAAUCUCAACCGAUGCAACAUCGAACCUCAGCAAUGCAUUCACUAGAAGCUAACCAAAAUCGUGGAAAAGCUGGAACUACAUUGCAAGGAUCAGCGGCUGCAAUUGCACAGAAUAAUAAUAAUAAUAGUGUUAGUAAUAAUAAUAAUACUAGUGUUAGUAAUAAUACUAGCCUAGGACCUGCCCCAUUAGCGCCGAGGCCAUCACAAACAACAAAAACAAUAGUUAUACCAACGGCAUCACCUUCUUCAGUUGCUGCCAGCUCUGAUGUACUUUUAGUAUCUCCCAGUGUACAGCUACGAGAUGAAGUAAGAGAAGCUGGAAUCGCCCCGUCCUCGGUAGUACAAACCUCUAAAGAAGGUGGUGAUCAAAAAAGUCUACAAUCCUUACACACACGUCGUGUCUUGAUGUUUCCCUCUAUGACUGUUGUUGACAGUGAUGAAGAUUCAAGUGAAGUGUCUGCAGAUAAUAAACCGCAACUACAAGAAGGGAAUCAAAUGGAGAAACGUGAAGUAGAUCUAGAGCAAAAACAGGAUAUGCCUCCUAGGCAGAUGGAGAAUACCAUGUCACCUGCUGAGACACCAGAGCGACAGAAAUUAGAAAGUUCCAAUUCUUCAUUAGUUGCCCCAUCCGCUCUCACUCUGGGAAAUACAACUCAUGAAGAAAGAGGAGAAAAAGAUAAAGAUAUUCAUGCUGAAGGUGGAACUGCCAGUACACAGUUGCAUUCUCCAUCUGAGGGUCAUCCCUUUUCUUCAAGCGGGGUAUCACCACAGCAAUCUAUUUUAGAUAAGCCUAUUGGUGCUCCAAUAAUAUCAGACCCAAAAGCGGUCGAUAAUGUGAAUGAUGAGGUAUCGGAAAAGAAAAAGAAGAAGAAAAUUAAAAAAGUGAUACCAAAGGGAGAGAAAUCAUCUCCGAAACCGACUACAAAAAAAGUAUCGUCUAAGGAAAUGUCGAAUAAGGAACCCUUAGAUGAAAAGAAAACUGAAAGAAGAUUGUUAUUGUCUCCAGAAGUGAGAAAGAGGAAUAGUACUCCUGUAAAUCAUAAGAAGGAUUAUGCAGCAGGAAAAGGACAUCUUCAACAAAAAGAGGAACAUCAUCAAAGUCAACGUCAACACUCAUUAGAUUCAUUAGUUUCAUCAGAAGCUUCUCUUGACUCAUUGGAGACACAAGAGAAGAAGAAGAAAAAGCGAAUUCACCGAGACAAGAGUCAGGAUAGUAGAAGGAACAGCUCAGUAUCUCCACCACGUCGCAACUCCACAUUUCGAGUAUCUCCACUAAAAGAUGAGAAAAAAACGAGAAGGAGAUCACUCUCUGAGGAUGAUAAGAAGAAACACAGAAGAAGAAGUAGAAGUGGUAGCAGCAACAGUAGUAAGGAAGAGGAUUAUGCAGAAAGCAGAGGCAGAUCACCACGUCGUCACUCAACUUCACCCACUCAUCAUUCCCAUACGGCUGAUAAGAAGAAAAACAAAAGUAGAGGUAGAAGUAGUGAUGAUGAUAGUGAUAGUGAUAAUGAUAGAGGCAGACGACGCUCAUCUCUUCACUCACUCACUCAGUCACUUUUUCGCACAAGAGAUGUGUAUAAGUUGUAUCGAGAACUUAAACGACAACAACAUCAAAUACAACGAGAAAGAUUAUCACGAUGGCGUAAAUAUGGCACAACAUCACUCCUUGAUUCUCAUAUUUCUCCUAAUAAAAGUGGUGAAAAAUCACCUUCUGGACAUAAUCAAUCCCCAAAGCCAUGGCGACAUACUUCACUUCAUACUCCACCUGUACCACCAGUAACACCACUUCGUCGACCACUUGGAUAUAUAAGUUUGGGAAAUGGUUCAUAUCGUCCUCCUUCUUCUUCUGUUUCUGCUUCUCGUAGACGAAAAGGAAGUGAGAGUGGUAGACCGAGUAAAUCUCCUUUAAGAGGAGGUGAGAGUCCAAUCUCCUUUCGUUCCUCACCUAUUUCAGCAAGAUAUACUCCGCAUACUAUAAAUAAUAAUAAUCAUAAUAAUGGUGUUCGUAAUAGUCCUUUGCAUUCGUAUCGGCAUAUGCCUAUCCCAUUACCAGAAGAAGAAAAUCAACGUGGUGAUUCCACUAUUCAUCCAUAUGAGUUAGUUACUUUUGUACCACAACGUCAUCCUAUUGAUCCUCAUGGAUUGCAUAAAUCACCUAAUGGUAAUAACUAUUACAGAGAUGGUGUUGGUAGUCAAACGUGGAUGCGAUGUGAAAGAACUCCUGAAAGAAGAGGGUUAUCACCUAUUCGAAGAUUUAAUGAUGUUAAGAAUCUUCAGAAUUCACAACGUACAAGCCAUCAUUAUAGGCGUUCUUCUUCAUUACCAGAACGAAGAUAUUCAACAGGGGAGUCACAACAUCAACAACAACAUCAUCAUCAUCAUCAAGUAGAUCUAGAGAUGUCAUUGCCAGUUUUUACUCCUCCAGUAAGUCAUACUUCACAAAGAUCAUCAUCUCAUCAGAUCUAUGAUAAGCAUGAAAAAGAUCAACCUCUUCAUAGACGUUGUAGUGGAGAAACGGCACUCACUGGAUAUACACAUACUUCUUCACAUUCUAUUCAACAUCAUCCUUCUUCUUCUCCUCCUAUUAUUACUAAUACUACUACUAAUACUAAUACUCCUGAUCAUCAUCAUCAUCAUGUCGCCGUAGAAGCAUCCGUCUCCCUCUCAUCAUCAACAUUAGGUGAAGAUGUAUUCCCAACAUCAUUCAAUAGAGGGAAUAUAAACAGUAAUGGGGUAUCUGGAGAGGAUGAGCCUAUUCCUAUUCCAGUGGUGGAUCUUCGCAAAGAGUUCAAGCCUCAUUUAGAAACCUCAGCGAGAUCUAGAGAGCCUAUUACUACUACUAUUACUACUACUACUACUACUACGCCUUCCAAGAUCCGGCCUGGAUACGGUGUGAAAAAUAUUUCCCCAUCACGAUGUAGAUCUAAUCAUCAUACACAAUCAACAUCAACGAGGGGUGUGUUGAGUUCUCGUCACUAUUCACAGCAGCGAAGUGCUCGAGGAGCGAGUCGUUCUCCUACACGAUAUGUGGAUAUUCCAGAGGAGAAAAUGUUUUCAUCUUUUGAUAUAAAAGAACCAGAACGGCCUUCUGCGUGGGCAAUGGGACCAGAGCGAAGUAAUUUACCUCUCAAUUCUCCACGAACUCGUCGUCGUGUUGUGAAAAAGAUGACUUCUUCUCAUGUUAUCCAUUCCGGUGAUGAUAUGGAGAUGGAUAAGAGUAGUGGUGGGAGUGGGAGUGACGGUGUGAAACCGGUUCUUAUUGUAGAGGAAUUACGAUUAGAUGAGCAGCGGCGUCCGUAUAUGUUAAUACGUGAAGUACCGUAUGGACCUGCAGCCGUGGCAGCGCAGCGGGAUUCUGUGGAGCGAUUGUCAAGACCGAGACCCGUUUAUGUUCGCCGCGAGGAUGGGACUUAUGAAGAGAAUAAUAAUGAUAAUCAUAAUCAUAAUAAGAAGAAGGUGUCUGAAAGGAAGUAG